GACCCGUUCGGAUCCUUCCUGUACUGGCGGCCGCCCCUGCCCAGCAUCGAGGAGGAGCUGCGGGAGCUGCUGGCCAUCUCCGGCAGCCCCGAGCCCCCCGAGGAGCACCGGAGCCCUGCAGGUGGGGCCAGCGCCGGUGAAGAAGAGGAGGAGGAGGAGGAUGAUGAUGAGGAGAGCGAUGAUGAAGGCUGGAUAACUCCCAGCAACCUGAAGCAGGCCCAGCAGGACACGGGGCACUGCGACACUGCUCCCAUCGGUGUCCAGGUUGGCUGUGUCACCACAGACUUUGCCAUGCAGAACGUGCUGCUGCAGAUGGGUCUCCACGUGCUGGCCGUGAAUGGGAUGCUGAUCCGCCAGGCCCGGAGCUACAUCCUGCGCUGCCACGGCUGCUUCAGGACCACCUCGGACAUGACCAAGGUGUUCUGCCCCCACUGCGGUAACAAGACCCUCAAGAAGGUGGCAGUGAGUGUCAGUGACGAUGGGAGUCUCCACAUGCAUUUCUCCCGCAACCCCAAGGUGCUGAACCCCCGGGGGCUCAGGUACCCGCUGCCGGCGCCGCAGGGCGGGAAGCACGCCAACAACCCGCACCUGGUGGAGGACCAGCGCUUCCCACAGCAGCGCCUGUCCCGCAAGGCCAGGCAGAAAACCGACGUCUUCGACCCCGACUACCUGGCCAGAGCCUCUCCCUUCGCCGAGAACGACGUGCACAGCCGGGCCGCGCACCUGCACCUGCGCGACGCCGCCCUGGGCGCCGGCCGCCGCCGCCUCAACCCCAACGCCGUCACCAAGAAGUUCGUGAAGAGGAGGUGAGGGGCAGGACGGGCCCUGCCUGUCCAGGUGUGGUGGUGGCUCUGCCAGGGCCAGGCCAUCCUGUCCCCGCUGCGCUGGUGCCCAGAGAGCCGCCGUGGCCCUGGGCAGGGGCCAUGUCACCCAAUAAACACCAAACCCCAAAGCACCGUGACUCGCUCCCAUUUCUGCAGCUGCCUGUGCCAGGGGGAGCCUUUCUCUGAGCCUCGAGGGCUGGGACAGAGGGAGGGAGGAUUCCUUGGAUCUUUUGCCCCAUGGGCUAAUGAGCUCCAGAAGAACAGAAGCCCAGGGCAGGGCGUGGCAAUGCUCAGGGCUGAAGGGGGAGACUCUGGGGUAAAGCUUUUUGGAUAAAUCUGCUGAAAUCUUCCACUAUUGACUGUUGGGCCCAGCUCCUGCUGCAGUUUCUCUGUAACCCUGCUGAAACUGUUCCAAAUGAGGAAAUAGCUGAUACCAGCUGUGGUCCCUGGUCCUGGGGAGUCACAGGAGAGGGGAAUGCCCCAGCCCCAGGGCAUUUUUAGUGUGUCAAAGCUGCAGAUAAAGGGCGCUGGGUAAGGCACCCACACAUCCUGCUGAGGACAGGCACGUCCCUGGGGCAGACUCUGCAUCUCCCCCAGUGCCUCAGAGACAGAAUCCUGGGCUCUGGAAGCUGUUCCCUUGGUCACAGCUUGUGGGCUGGGUUGAGCAGCCCCCCGAGGGUGACUGGGGAUCCCACCCCUCCCUGUGAUUCCCAAGGACCUGUUCCUGCAGCAGCUGCAGCGUCCCAGGCACGGCUCUGGAGAUGCCCUUGGAAAAACCAUCACAAGACUUUACACUGUAAAAUGAAAACUUUCAUCGUUUAUUCUCGACUGCAGCUGUUUACAGAAAUAUAGUUGCGAGUAUACAAAUGUCCCAAUAGAAGCAAAAUAUUUUUAUUUUUUUUAAUAUUCAACAAGUUAUCACAGGAGAGCUAAAAACAUAGAUGCAAAUAAAAUAUCCCCUCAUAGACAAACUGAAAACACCGGGAAUCAGUGCUUGGAAAACCCACCUACGAAAGCCAUAUACACAGAACUGCACAAAGGAGUAUCUGGUGCUACUUUCACACUGCAGGACACAGAAGAGGCAGCUCAGCGGUCGAGGGUGCACCCAGAACAUCUGGCAGGCAGGGGAGAGCCCACCAGAGGUGCAGGGACAGAGACGGAGGUUGGAGCUCUGCUCUGAAGGGCUGGAGCUUAAGUCAGCAUCAGCUCAGAUGGAAAUAAUUUAAAUUGUCUCCUUUUAUCCAGAAUAAAAAAGCUUCAGGAAUGCUGCAGGCUGCUAAGAAUACUGGAAUGGGGUCCCAGUUCUGCAACACCCAAAGAGCCACUUCCAAACAGGAACUUCCCCUGGACACGUAACCCCAGGGGCAGCCACGGUCCUGCCCAGGGCGCUCGGGCCAGACCCCGUUCCAUGGGGCAGCUCCAGGGCCAAAACCAAGCCCAGGCCAUUUCUUUACCUGCCAGGUGAACCCAGGACCCUUCCCUAAUCACAGGCCUGGAGCUGGAAUGUGUCACAGGGGGCUGCUGGGUGUGGGAACCUUGGAACCUGAACAGGGGGGUCAGUGACCAGGGAAUCCCUGGAUUCCUUGCCCUGUCCCUACACACUGAAUGGCACUGGGCAAUUUAAUGAAGUGUAACAGCACAAAUGACAAAUCUCUGGAAAAAGCAGAGUUCAGCUCUGCAAACUCCAAGAGAACAAAGAACACUGGCUCUCAGUGUGGUGGAGGUGAUCUAAGAAAACCUGUACCAGGACAACACUGAUCCACUCAUGACAAUUCCAGUGGAACACAGAUUUGGAAUUGAAAGUCAUGUUGGACACCAUACACACUGCUGAUUGUAUGACCUGAUUUAAUGGCUGGAGCUGUCAGGGGAGGUUUAGGGUGGAUAUCAGAAGAGGUUCUUCCCCCAGAGGCUGCUGGCACUGCCCAGGGAAUGGUCCCGGCUCCGAGGCUGCCAGAGCUCCAGGGGAGUUUGGACAGCGCUCCGGGGGUGCCCAGGGGGGAUUGUUGGGUGUCUGUGCAGGGCCAGGGGUUGGACUGGAUGAUCCCUGUGGUCCCUUCCAGCUCAGGAUAUUCUAUGAUUCUUAGGGUUUCAUUCCUCACACAUCCUGCAAGAAAGAAAUCAGCUCGAGUCGUGGCAGGUUCCUCACGGACAGAAUCCAAGAGGAGCUCCACUGGCUUUCAAGAAGUUCUCUACAUUUUGACUGUUGCACUACUGAGUCAUUAAAAAAAUCAGUUUACAGACUCUUGCCCUCUUGGGAAUAAAGAGAAGUGGCAGAGGAGUUUCCUCUCCAGCACAAGCAGGGACCUUUUGCUCCACAGUAACAGCCCAUGUCAGCCCAGCCCCUGCACAGCACAGCCACCAGCAACCCCUGUCUGCAGCAGCUGCUGCGAGCCUGGCCAUGGAAAAGGCUCUGGAGCGCCUGCAGGGAAGCCCAUCCUCAGCCUGGGAGUCACUUCUAUCCUAAACCACAUCUGCAAGUAUAAACUAAAUGAUAUAAAAAUACAAAAGUGGCCACAGCUGCUUCCAACCCGCGGAUCCCGGCGAGGUUCCCAAGCAGAGCAAGUUCUGGAGCCACGUCACCAACAGGGCCAAACAUCCAGGACUGAGAGGUGUGAGACAGCUACUCAUGAGUUACUACAAAAACCUCCUACUGAGGAAAAGGAAUAUUAUUUCAUGUUUAUAAAAAUGCAAAUAUAACAGUAUUCUAUGCAUGUGUCUACUAUUAUUUAUAUAUAAUAAUCUGACUCCUCUAUAUACAUAUAUAUAAUCCUAGAAUAUACAGGCAGUGCAUAUUUACAUCCCUAUACAGACUGGGAGAGGAAAAGCCUCUCCUCCUAUGUAACCCCCGAGUCCCCCACUCCCCCCUGGAGAAUUUCACAAGUUCCCUUCUGCAGGAGUUUACCCCCUGCUGCAUUUUUCCUUGUUUCUACCAUGUUUAUCCCAUUUCCAACGCUGACCCUCGGUGCCGUGGCACAGACGCCCUGCCCGGGGCACCACAGCUGGCACAGCUGGUCUGAGCAGGAACACAAAGUGCUCACAGGCUGCCACAAAAGACUAAACAAGGCUGAAUUAAAACAAAGCCCCUGAAUCCCACAGCAUCCCACUGCUGUUUCCUUUUAGCUUCUAUGGAAUGGAGCCCCCCUGAGCACAAAACCCAUCGACUCCUCAAAACUCAGUUUUGCACUGAAGUCAUCACCAGUGCCCAGCAUUUCCUGUUCUCUCCUUCCACCUACACAGCUCGGAGCAGCCCAAGCAACUCCCUCUCCUCUCUCCUGCUGCCCUCCCUCAGAUCCAGGUCUGUGCUCCCUCUGCUCUCCCCCAAUGGCCCUGGAAAAGGAACACAACAGUUUGCCAAGCAGAGGCACAAGAAAACAGGAAUAAAAAUCCGUUCAGACAUAUUUUCCUUUUAGAAAUUAACUUCUAAAUCAAAGUAUCAAUGGAAAGUUUAAAAAACAAAGUUCAGCUUAUGUCAGUGAGGGGAAUGGCCACUGACACAGCUGCUUCCAGUAAAAACCUGCAAAGUUAUGUUUAACUGCUCAUGCCUUGUUUUAUCUCCAAACUACAGGGGAAGCAGUGAUGAGAAAUAAUCGUAAUCACUGAUCAGAGAGUGGACAUCCACUUCAGAACAGCCAGCCUGGAGUUAUUUCUUGAACUAGAUUUGUGUUAAAAUAAGAGAAAAGUGUUUGGCUUUCUGCAAGAUCAGGCAGUGAGGAGGCAAUUAACAACAAAACAAGUGUUAAUUAAGCACAAAGCACCAGUAACUCCUUUACUCCAGAGGAGAUGUUCAGCUCAAACUGUGCACAAAGUGUUGGCUCUGUGGAUUCUGUGCUCUGGGCACACCCAGGGUAAAGCCGAGGGGACAUGGUGGGGGUUGGCAGCUCCAUCUCCCCCAGCUCUCACCUGUGCCCACAAAUGGGUGCUCUGGGACCCCCCAGGACCCCCCAGGGAUGCUGGAUUUACACAGACUGACAGCUCAGGAUCCUCUCUGUCACCCAAAGGGCCCAGGCAGGAUGCCAGUGCUCCGUGUGCUCUGGGAACGCAGGGGCCAGAGAGAAGCUCUGCUGCCCAGCCUCAACUGCUAAAAAUGUCACAAGGGAAUGUUCAGGCCCCUGGUUAAACACAGAUGUGGCUCAGGCUGUGCUCCCUGCCAGGACACCCUGCAGCCUCUCCUUGGCUCUUCUGGAGCUGAUCCAGCCCCUCCGCCCUCAGAGCCGCUGCCGAGCACGCGCCAACCGCUGAGCGACCUCUUCAGUCACACAAAUACUUUUUGU